AUGAGCUACACCAUGGAGCCCCUGGGCAACCCCUCGUACCGCCGGGUGACCGAGACCCGGGCCACCUACAGCCGCGCCAGCGCCUCCCCGUCCAGCGGCUUCCGCUCGCAGUCGUGGUCGCGCGGUUCGGGCAGCUCCGUGUCCUCCUCCUACAAACGCACCAACCUGGGCGGGCCUCGGGCCACCUACGGCCCCACGGUGCUGAGCUCCGCCGAGAGCCUGGAGCUGAGCCAGUCCUCGCUGUUGAACGGGGCGGCCGAGCUGAAGCUGAGCCGCUCCAACGAGAAGGAGCAGCUGCAAGGGCUGAACGACCGCUUCGCCGGCUACAUCGAGAAGGUUCACUACCUGGAGCAGCAGAACAAGGAGAUCGAGGCGGAGCUGGCGGCGCUGCGGCAGAAACACGCGGGGCGGGCGCAGCUGAGCGACGCCUACGAGCAGGAGCUGCGGGAGCUGCGCGGGGCCCUGGAGCAGGUGAGCCACGAAAAAGCGCAGAUCCAGCUGGACUCGGAGCACAUCGAGGAGGACAUCCAGCGCCUGAGGGAGCGCUUCGAGGACGAGGCGCGGCUGCGCGAUGAGACGGAGGCCACCAUCCGCGCCCUGCGCAAGGAGAUGGAGGAGGCCUCCCUGAUGCGGGCGGAGCUGGACAAGAAGGUGCAGUCGCUGCAGGACGAGGUGGCUUUCCUGCGGGGCAACCACGAGGAGGAGGUGGCCGAGCUGCUGGCGCAGCUGCAGGCGUCCCACGCCACGGUGGAGAGGAAGGACUACCUGAAGACGGACCUGACCACGGCGCUGAAGGAGAUCCGAGCCCAGCUGGAGUGCCAGUCCGACCACAACAUGCACCAGGCCGAGGAGUGGUUCAAGUGCCGCUACGCCAAGCUGACGGAGGCCGCCGAGCAGAACAAGGAGGCGAUCCGCUCCGCCAAGGAGGAGAUCGCCGAAUACCGCCGGCAGCUGCAGUCCAAGAGCAUCGAGCUGGAGUCGGUGCGCGGCACCAAGGAGUCGCUGGAGCGGCAGCUCAGUGACAUCGAGGAGCGCCACAACAACGACCUCACCACCUACCAGGACACCAUUCAUCAGCUGGAGAAUGAGCUUAGAGGAACAAAGUGGGAAAUGGCACGUCACUUGAGGGAAUACCAGGACCUCCUCAAUGUCAAGAUGGCCCUGGACAUUGAAAUUGCUGCAUACAGGAAGCUACUGGAAGGUGAAGAGACAAGAUUCAGUGCCUUUUCUGGAAGCAUUACUGGCCCCAUAUUCACGCACAGACAACCAUCUGUCACAAUAGCAGCCACUAAAAUCCAGAAAACCAAAAUUGAACCACCAAAGCUGAAGGUCCAGCACAAGUUUGUAGAAGAAAUCAUCGAAGAGACAAAGGUAGAGGAUGAAAAGUCAGAGAUGGAAGACGCCCUAGCAGCUAUCGCAGAAGAAAUGGCAGCCAAGGCCCAGCAAGAAGAACAGGAGGAAGAAAAAGCAGAAGAAGCAGCUGCAGAGGAAGAAAUUGUUUCUGAGAAGGCUGCUGCAGAACAAGCAGCUGCACCUGAGGAAGAGAAGGAGGAAGAGGAAGCAGAGGAGGAAGAAGAAGCUGCAAAAUCUGAUGCAGCAGAAGAAGGAGGUUCUGAAAAAGAAGAGAUAGAAGAAAAAGAAGGGGAGGAGGCCGAGGAAGAGGCAGAAGAAGCUGAGGCCAAGGGCAAAGCUGAAGAGGUAGCAGCAAAGGUAGAGAAGCUCAGAACGCCUCCCUCCAAGUCCCCCCCGAAAUCCCCCCCGAAAUCUCCUGUAACAGAACCAGCCAAGGCAGUCCAGAAAGAAGCAGGAAAAGAGCAGAAGGUGGAGAAAGUUGGUGAGAAAGCAGCCAAGGAGGAAGAGAAAGCAGCAUCUCCUGAGAAGCCAGCAACACCAAAGGUCACCUCUCCAGAGAAGGCUGCCAGCCCAGAGAAGCUGGGCACCCCGGAGAGGGCAGUGCCUCUGGGAAAGCCCAGCACCCCAGAGAAGCCCAGCACCCCAGAGAAGCCCAGCACCCCAGAAAAGCCCAGCACCCCAGAAAAGCCUCGCUCUCCAGAGAAACCAGUGAGCCCAGAGAAGCCUCGCUCUCCAGAGAAACCAGUGAGCCCAGAGAAGCCUCGCUCUCCAGAGAAGCCUCCCUCCCCAGCCAAAGCUGGCAAGGCUGUGGUGGAGGAGACAGUCACCCUCACAAAGGUGACCAAAGUCAGUGCAGAGGUGGGGAAGGGCUCCAGGAAAGAAGACAUCGCAGUGAACGGGGAGGUGGAGGAGAAAAAGGAAGAGGAGGAAGCCAAAGAGAAAGAGGUGGAGGAGGAAGACAAAGGGGUGGUGACCAACGGCCUGGAUGUGAGCCCCCUGGAUGACAAGGGGGUGAAGGUUGUGGUCACCAAAAAAGCAGAGAAGAUCAGCGGGGAAGGUGGGGACAGUACAACCACCUACAUCACCAAGUCGGUGACAGUCACUCAGAAAGUGGAGGAGCACGAAGAGAGCUUCGAGGAGAAGUUAGUGUCCACCAAGAAAGUGGAGAAAGUUACUUCACAUGCUGUAGUAAAAGAGAUUAAAGAGGCUGAGUAA